GGGGGGGUGUGUUUGUAAAAGACGAACAACGUCAACACUGAAGUCCGCGUCUUCCGCUAUUUUUCGCGCGCUUCGUCUGUCUAUCAGAAGUUAAGUAUUUCUAGGUCAAAACGUGUGCAUUUCAAACACAAUGUUUCAUUACAUUUUUCGGUUGAUUUGCUUUACUUUUAACCUUGCAAAAGGAUAUUAAUUUCGAAAAUUCUGUAUUGAUUUAUAAUUAGGGUAUUUUUAUUCAUAAAUUUCCGUUGGUUAUCAGUUCACAUUCUUUCCAAUACCAUGUCGUUUGUAUUCUACAAAUAUUUUUCCCCUCAUUUUGUGUUGCAACAAUGCCUUUCAGUUCCCUUUCAAAUUGGGUAAUUUUUUUUUAGAACUCUUUCCCCGUGGCAUGUGGACGUUCUGAAAGAUACGUGGUUAUAUUCCUGGUUGCCAAAUUAGGCACUAAAGCAUUAAAGGUAUUGCACAGGAGGGAGCACUAUGAAAACCUUCCUGAACGCAAAUGAACGUGGUGGUGGUUAGAGAUGCACAUCACGGGUGAGGGAGCGGUGCUAAAUGGGCGCGUUGUGCCCGCGCGCGCACGGGCGUGGGGAGGGCAGAAGCAGGGCCCGUGUUGGCUGAAAACACGCGGCCAUCGUGUAUGUGUGGAAGGGCAUCGCGCCAGCUCGGACGCGUGCUGCGUGUGUUCAGGGUCGGCCCGCUCUUCGCUGCUCGAUAUAGCCCGGUCGCCCUUCCGCCCGUCUUGCGCGCAUGCGCCUGGGCGAGUCCAUCUCGGGAGGAAGCAGGCCUUCCAUGUUGAUCUACGAAGUAACGUAACUUUUAAUACGGCACGCUCUCGCCCGAGGAGAGGCAUUAUGCGUAUUAUAAACAUUUACUGUUUCCACGUAAAGCUUAACUUGGCCAUAUUGAACUUUGCUACAAACCACCGUCAAAAUGGUUGGGCCACCACUUUUAAGUUCCAUGGUUACACAUUGGACCGACCUAAAGAUUGAAAGUCUUGUACGUGGAGACAAUUUAGAAUUGAAUGCACCAGCAAAAACUUCCUGGCGGUUACAGUAUCAGCCCUGCCAAAACCACCUACGUUCUGCAUUACGAUCAGCGCAUAGAGUACUAGAACAAGAUAGAGCACGAAACUGGUUUGUGAAAAGAAACUGCAUAAAGAUUAUAUUAUGUAUGGUAAUCGUGCAGAUGACGAUGAGGAACUCUCGUAUUGAGAGUAUCGCUAUGGCGGGGUCAACAGCCACUUGAAGAGACGAGACACGAAAUGGAAGAUGGAGCAGUGACUGACUGUGUAGCAACAAAUUGUUCAGAUAGCCAGAAACUGAGCCUCUUAAAAUUUUAUCUGAUCACAGAAAUGUCGGUAUUUAGCGGUGUUUCAGAUUGUUGGGCAAGUACAUUACUGACAAUGGAAAAUUAUUAAGUAUUGAACAAAAUAUGUUGGAUCCAAAAUGUGGACAUUUAUUCCAUAGUUCGAGAUGAUGAACAGGGCCAGGUAUAAUAUAGGACAAGUUCCAAAGACGUGACGGUAAUGGCAUGUGUAAUGGAAGAGUUCUACUUAAUUAUUUCAUAUUUUAAAUUUAGAUUUAAGUAACUAUGUAGGUUUUGUUGUAACUUAUUGAGUAAUCGUCCUUGAGGAAGUUGUAUAUAAUCUAUAAUUAUGCAUUUAAUGAAUAUAUUUUCAAAGGAAUGGUAUCUAUUUGACUAGACGUGGAACACUAUACAAAUGGUAGAUUUUCAUUGGAAUAGUUGAAAAAUGAAGAUACGUUUGCUUGGAUUAACAUGUAAUAGCAUCUUACAGUCCACUGAACUCUGUGUGCACUGAAAACCCUAAAAGCACAACUAUCACGUGACUGCAUUGAAGGAGUACUGUUUGUACUAUAAUCUGGGGAACAAGAAGUGCCGAAAGUGGAAUAUUGUUUGUUUACUAAAAAAUGUACAGAAGUGAAACAUCUAACCUAUUCAUCACUUUGAUGACGAACAUCUUGAAAAUAUUUUAUUUUAUUUAUUGUUUUAACUUCUGUUUGUUUUAAAACCCACGCUAUACUCUCGUUGUCUUCUAAACUUUAAUUAGAAGAUGCUAAGAACUGAAGAACAGCUAAUAAUUUCUUAUUAUUUACUUUCAUGUUGCCCUGAAUAACAGCACCUACUCUGGAGUCAGUGCGGGAAUCGGCACGCUCUGAAAACGGCUUAGUGCAGUCAUUGGAAGACGCUAUUAAAGUGUCGUUCGCCCUUGACGAUUGCGUAGCGCGGUUUUUGUUCCCAGGGAGGCCUCGGGCGAAUCCCCGCUUCCCUCUCAUCUGGCGUGGAGAAAGGUAACGUUCUCAAACUGGUGCGUCGGCAUUGGUUUGCCAUUGACAGGGAUUACAGGCGCCUACCCCAAGGCCGGAUAUUAAUUUCACCGCCGUAUAUGGAAAACGGUCGUGCUAGUUAUAAACACGUUCCUUAUAAGACUGCCUUGGCGCUUUUCUCGAUGAGUCACGGCGCCUGAGAAGCGAGAUCUGGCUCUGGCGUUCUGAACCUACCUCACGACCACACUGCAAAAAAAUACAUUCUCUUAUAGUAUUCUUUUUACUUUUUUUUAACUGUCACUUUGCGUUGUCCGUCAGUUUUUUUAUCGUUACAUUAGUUUUCGUUUCGUGAGUGCUUGCGGCAAGCGUGCAACCUUUUUAAAACUUAGUCGUGUUGAUGUUUAGAUUCGUAAUCAUGAAAGGCAAUGUAUGGCAUACUAGUGAGGGUAUUUUUAUAUUUGAAAUUUAUAUAUUCCAGUUUGAAUAAUUAGUUACGGCCAAAUAAAAUAAAAAUAUCGUUAAAGUGUUAUGUUAAUGAUCAUAAGUUAGUGAGCAUCAUAACUGUUAACUGCAAAUAUUUUUCUGUUUUAACAAAAUCUUGUGAAAUAUUGUGUUAACUUUGUUCUUGUUCUCAAGAUAUCAACGUUGCUUUGUCAACGUAAUGUUCAGGAUGUGAAACGUCUCAAUGCAUUUUUUUCGGAAGUAAUUUUCUCAUGUUUUCACAUCAUCCAUCAUUAAACCCGGCCAAGCAUUGUAUUACAGCUGUACAACAUUGUCAUACAACGUACACUUACCAUGAUAAUAACAAAACUAGUGUUACCUAAUUGUACUUAACAUACUAGAAGUCAGAAACUUGCAUUUAUUUAUGCUGCUAUUUAAAACAAUAAAAUAAACAGCUACUGCGUUAUCAGUUCACAAGUACAUGAUAGACAAAAACACUACUUAAAUUAUGUUUUAUAUUUGUGCUUCAUAGGAAGAUAAAACAAAAUGCGUCCUCCAAAGGAAGCUUCGCCACUGGGCGUGGGUAUAGACUUUUUUUUCUCAAAGCGGAAAUGGUAGGUGGUGGCGGAAGUUGACUCGAUUCCGCUCACCGUUGAAGGCUCUAGCUAAAUGCUUCGCGUCAGCAAACUCUGAAGAUGCUGAACUUUUCAGAUCACACGUGUGCGUGACUAAAUCCCCUAACGCGGCUCUGUUUUUAUUCUACUAGUCACUUCAACUUCUACAUACCUUUAUUCCCAAAGGAUUUAUUACUACUGCUGGUCUACGGUCUUAACCUGAGUUGUAUUAGCACUAAUAUUCAAAGUUUUUAUUCUUGUCAUGUUACAUUAUUUACGUUAUCAUGGCUAUAGUGGACUUUUAAAGGAUAAUUCGUUUUGGCAAGCGCGGUAUCAUAAAUUGGGCUACCCUUGGCAGGCGAUGCGACCAGCUUGACACGUCACUGUUGUGUGCACGGCCUCGAUCUAGCGACGCGAGCGGUUUGUAAUAAUUUGGUUGGUUUUUACGUAACUAACGAGUAGAUGAUGGCCGCACGGCUACUGCGUUGCGCAUUCUUUUUCCCGCGGGACUCGAUCUGGUAUUUUUAGUCCGGCCAGCAUUUGGCAGGGGAGGGCCAGCGUUAGCCAAGAAGUAUCUUUAGUUGCAUCCCUGGGCGCGCUGUUGCCGCAUCGCGGCAGUAGCUCGUGAGGGAGGUCGGGGCUGCGAUGUCGUCGACGGAGGGAACAGCCCCGUGAAAGAGGUAUGGCGCCGUCAUCUCCGUGACAGCGGCGCCACGCAGCAGCGGGAAGGGAACGGACACGGGCACACCGCGGCGGGUGACACAUGACAACGCGCGACGCUCGCUCACCUGCCGAGGGCAAGUCUGCGCGGGUGCGCGGCAGUGGUCCCGCCAUGUCCGCGCCGACCGCCCCAGCGCGCCGCGUGCGCUACUCGCGCUCCUCCACCACCGUCACGCAGAUGCUGAGCGACUCGUGCUCCAGCCUGCUGCACCGCAUCGCCACGAGGGUGCGCGGCCCGUCGGCGGCCGCGGAGAACGGGGCGCUCGGCGCCACCAGGUCUCGCCUCGAGGACAAGUACUCGGCCGUGCUGGACCGCCGGCGCGAGGAGCCGGCCGCGCCGCGCAGGAGACACAGGGACCACGAUCACGACCGCGAGCGCGAUGACUCGUACGCGUCGGCCAUCGAGAGGUACGAGAGGCGGCGCGAGCAGAAGGUCAAAGACAAGGAGAACGUGGUGUCGCGGGAGAAGGAGGAUAGGUACUCCAUGAUCCUGGACAAGUACGGCCGCCGACAUCGAGAGAAGGAUGUGGAAGGUAACUUUGUGGAGGAUGAUGGUCACGCUGCCUUUCUGGGUGGGUAUGCUGUGGGGAAGCACAAAAACAAAGAAAAGGAGUUGGAGAAAGAGAGCAAGUAUGCUACGCUGAUGAAAAAAUACGGUCGCCAGGAAAUGAAACAUAAGGACCAAACUGCAUCGGAUACUGACAAAGAUGAUGUUUAUGCUUCUUUGCUGGAAAAGUACGGACAGAGGCACCAUCAUGGCCGGAGUAAGAACAAGGAGUUGUUAUCUCCACAGCCCUUGGCCAAAAGUGCGACCACUGCAAAUAUUCUUGCGGAGAAAGCAUACCCGUACGUUGUUCCUGUAGUAACUCCACGUGAAAAAACACCGUUCAGGCACGGAGAGCGUAGAACAUCUCACCGGUCUCGUCACAAGUCAGGGCAGAUGGAACCAAAGAUUCAUCGAUCGUCCCUCCGGAUUGGUAAGAGUGAACAAGGAAUGUUGCGGCUGUGCCCAGUGGAGAUAGAUCCUGCUGUCCUCGGAGAGAAUGUUGUCCAGCAACAGUACCCACCCGACCCCGUCAGUGAAAGGGAAGCAAAGCGCAAAGAAAUCAAGAGCCUUAUUCUCAAGUACUCUGCUCUUGAUGAGGCGUAUAACAGAGCUUGUGAGUCAACUCGUGUUCCAUCUCCUAAAGAAUCUUCAUCAUUGGUAAUACCAACUAUCGCAAGCAAAUACCAACACAAAUUUGCUACUCGACUUACAGGAGCCAGCUCUCGAGCCCCCUCAGUGGAAGACGACGAAGAUGGACACCUCAUUUAUCGACAUGGCGACGUUCUGCGAGAGAGAUAUAAGAUUCUAGCCACUUUGGGCGAAGGUACAUUUGGAAAAGUCGUCAAAGUUAAAGAUAUGGAUGUGGAUCGAGUGAUGGCACUUAAAAUUAUCAAGAAUGUGGAAAAAUACCGGGAAGCUGCCAAGCUGGAAAUAAAUGCUUUGGAGAAAAUUGCACAGAAGGAUCCAGAAGGCAGGCAUUUGUGUGUCAAGAUGAUUGACUGGUUUGACUAUCAUGGACACAUAUGCAUAGCAUUUGAAAUGCUGGGGCUCAGCGUGUUUGACUUCUUGAAGGACAACAAUUACCAGCCUUACCCGCUGGAGGCGGUGCGGCACAUAGCUUAUCAGCUUUGUUACUCAGUGAAGUUUCUGCACGACAACAAACUGACCCACACUGAUCUGAAGCCAGAAAAUAUUCUCUUUGUUGAUUCGGACUUCGACAUCAUCUACAAUAAUAAGAGGUAUUCCUUCCAGAAGCGUGAUAUCAGGCGGAUUAAAAGAACGGACGUGCGGUUGAUCGACUUCGGCAGUGCCACUUUCGAUGAUGAACACCACAGUACCAUAGUGUCUACAAGGCACUACAGAGCUCCUGAGGUUAUCUUAGAACUGGGUUGGUCUCAGCCGUGUGAUGUGUGGUCAAUUGGAUGCAUUGUUUUUGAGCUCUACUUGGGCAUUACUUUGUUCCAAACCCAUGACAAUCGAGAACAUCUGGCAAUGAUGGAGAGAAUUCUUGGACCGAUUCCUUACAGGAUGGCAAGAAAAACUAAAACAAAAUAUUUUUACCAUGGGAAGCUGGACUGGGAUGAGAAGAGUUCAGCAGGGCGUUACGUGCGAGAGAACUGCAAGCCAUUGCACCGAUACCAAGCAUCAGACGACCAGGAUCACCGCAACUUGUUCGACUUGAUAGCGAGAAUGCUGGAGUACGAACCGACAAGCCGUAUUCCACUGUCUGAAGCUCUGCGACAUCCGUUCUUCGACAAGAUCCCCCACCACCAGCGACUAGGGGAGUACAGGGGGUCCAGCGAGGAUAGUCGGGAGCGCAGCCACUCUCUCUCGCGGUUACAGUCGUUGGAUGGGUACAGCAACGUGCGCUGACACUUCAAGACUUUGCUGAUGAGUGACAGCUUGCGUGCGGCAGCUGCUGGCAGUCAGCAGAUUGUGUACAGAAUUAAGACUAUUCAGCUGUUCAUUGUUUUGCGGCCCAUUUCUUAUAGACAGACAUUUUUAAAGAAAGUGAUCUGUUUACGAAGUAUUUUGAAGACAGUGCGUACAGUUGAAUUAUGCUCAAAACAAAGUGCGCAACAGGAUAUGUAGGUACAUGUGCCGGCAAGACUGUGGAGAUGUUUUAGGCUGAUGGACGUAUUUGCGGCUCGACAAGUUUCGCUACAAGGGCAUUCAUACUAAGCUGCUUUUUGAUGUGGGAUUGCAGUCAGGUGUGAUUGUUGGUAGUCCAGUGAUCUUAAAUAAAUAUCAAUUUAGUUUUGUUACGCGAGUGUAGAUAUUUCUGUUAAGCAGUUUCUUGCAAAUUGUACUUUGUGUUUCUAAGUUAAUUGUGAUUAAAUUGUAAAUAAAUAAAUAAUUCUCAGUGUUCACAUACUUAAAA